AAAUUAUUUCAAGAUGGCUUCUGGCGGAGGCGAAUGGUGUUUGAUUGAGAGCGAUCCUGGUGUAUUCACUGAAUUAAUUCGAGGUUUUGGAUGUUCUGGCAUUCAAGUGGAAGAGAUUUACAGCCUUGAUGAGGCAUCACUCGAUGAGUUAAGACCAGUUCAUGGUUUAAUAUUUCUUUUCAAAUGGAAGCCUGGUGAAGAGCCUGCAGGGCCUAUUGUGCAUGAAAGUCGAUCUCUUGGCAUAUUCUUUGCAAAGCAAGUUAUCACAAAUGCCUGUGCAACACAAGCAAUUUUAAGUGUGCUUCUCAACUGCAAUCAUCCAGACAUGGAUCUUGGACCAACCCUGUCAAGCUUUAAAGAAUUUUCAGCAACAUUUGAUUCAUCAUUAAAGGGGCUCAGUCUCAGUAACUCUGAUGUUAUAAGACAAGUUCAUAAUGGUUUUGCCAGGCAACAGAUGUUUGAAUUUGAUGCCAAACUUCCUCCAAAAGACGACAAUGUAUAUCACUUUGUUGCAUAUGUUCCAAUUCUUGGUAAACUUUAUGAGCUGGAUGGCUUAAGAGAUGGGCCUAUUGAUCUUGGACCAUGUACUCCUGAAAACUGGCUUGCCACAUGCAAACCAAUCAUUGAAACAAGAAUGCAGAAAUACUCAGCAGAGGAAAUUCACUUCAAUCUCAUGGCAAUUGUUUCAUCAAGGAAAGCUCUUCACCUUAAAGACAUUGACAGACUAAACCAGAGGAAGCAACAUAUUCUGGAUCAGGAGCAAGGAGAAAGAUUGAACUCUUCUGUUUCAACAGAAAUAUCCAAUUUUUUUAAAUCAAAAACUUUCUCUUGAAUUCUUGAAAAUUUUCAGGUUGAAAACAUAAGAAGAAAACACAAUUAUCUACCACUGAUUAUGGAACUUCUAAAAGUUCUGGCCAAACAAGGAAACCUGGUGCCAUUGGUGGAGAAAGCAAAAGAGGAAGUACAGGCCAAGAAGGCAGAACAGGCUAAAUAAAGCAAUGAGAUGUUUCUUUUGUUUCUUAAGCAACAACUGUACAGCAGCAAUUUAUGGGUUAUUAAAAAGUUUCUGUAUGUUUUGUA